AUGGCUUCAUCAUCACAGAAGAUCAGGGUCAUCCGUCUGGCAUCGGUGCUGUAUCACCAAGUUGACGUCGAAAAGGCAGCCCAAUUCCUCGAAGACUUCGGCCUUCGAGAGGUGGCUCGGCAGGGGGAACGCAUCUACUUCGCCGGUUUCGGUGUUGAUCCGUAUGUCUAUGCACUUGAAAAAUCUCCCGGCUCACGCCGUGCAUUUAUUGGGGCAACCUGGGUCGUUGAGAACGAGAAUGACCUUGAGGUCGCCGCGAAUCACCCUGGAGCUACAGGCAUUCAGGACGAAGAAGGUCCUGGUGGUGGUAAAAGAGUGGACAUUAUCGAUCCAAAUGGGUACUAUGUUGGAUUCAUUCACGGCCAGGCCCCAAGAAGCGAUAUUGAGAACGUGGACAAAAGCCGUAUUGCUGACAAGGAGAGGCCCCUCACCAACCUGGUUGACGAAAAGCCAAGAAAAGGUCGUUUCAAGCGCUUCAACUACGGGCCUAGUCCAGUUCAUAAGCUGGGGCACUAUGGGUUCAUGGUCCCCAAGGAAACUUACGAGAAAACGCUGAAGUGGUACACUGGCUUGAUGAACCUGGUGCCUAAUGACGUGGUUUUUGACCCUCAGACAAACAAAGACACGACUUGCUUCAUGCAUAUUGAUAGAAACAGCACGUUCACUGACCACCAUACACCUUUUGUUCAUCACGCUAGCUUCGAGGUCAAUGAUAUGGAUACUCAAGCUCUCGGCCACGAGUGGCUUUUGAAGAAGGGUUACACCAACUGCUGGGGAAUCGGACGGCAUGUCUUGGGCAGCCAACUAUUUGACUAUUGGUAA